CAAUAGUGAGAGUGCAUGGGUAACACCGAUCAAACGCCAAAAGAUUUCGGAUCUAAUGAAUUAAUUCGUACUGAAGUUAUUGAACUGAAGUCGUGUUGCGAUGUGUUUUGUGACGUUCUUUGGGUAGUCGUUGAUUAUUUGGAUAACCGCGACCUCUGUGAUAACACCCAUCCUGGAUACUAUGUCCGCUUGAAAACUAGUCAGUGUUCCGCGAAAAACAGUACAGUCAACAUGAAGAUAACGGCCCAGCCCAGUGAUUCAAACAUAAUGCAGUCGAUCAUAGACGCGAUAGGGUUCAUCCUGUUCUUUAUCGUUCAAAUCGCGAGGUCUAUCUACCAGGCCGUCUUGCCGAGGUCCUACAGGAGUUUGAAGGAUGUUCAAGGAGAAAUCGCGCUGGUUACUGGCGGCGGGGGUGGUUUGGGCAGGCUUCUGGCUCUCAGGCUGGCCAAACUUGGUGCCACUGUAGUUUUGUGGGACGUCAAUACGCAAGGUUUGGAAGAAACCGUAGGUUUAGUAAAGGGAAUCGGGGGCAAGGUAUACGCCUUCAAAUGUGAUUUAGCCAAUAGGGAAGAUGUAUAUAAAAUAGCUAAGAAGACCCAAGAAGAAGUGGGAGAUAUAACUAUUCUAAUCAACAAUGCUGGAGUAGCAUCAGGGUAUCUUUUAUUGGACACUCCGGACCAUUUGAUACAAAGGACUUUUGACGUUAAUGUCGUUGCACAUUUCUGGACAGUGAAGGCCUUUCUGCCUAAAAUGAUCCAGAAAAACCACGGCCAUAUCGUGACAAUCGCCUCGAUGGCCGGCCACACGGGAGUCAGCAAGCUAGUGGACUACUGCUCCUCCAAAUUCGCAGCCGUAGGCUUCGACGAAGCCCUAAGAAUAGAAUUAGAAUCUCAGGGUAUUAAAGGUGUAAAGACCACUGUUAUUUGCCCUUACUUCAUUCAGCAGACUGGAAUGUUCGAUGACGUCAAAUCGAAGUUCCUGCCUACGCUGAAAUCGAACGACGUGGCGGACAGGAUAGUGGAGGCGAUACGGAGGGACGAGGAAAUCGUUAUGAUACCCGGCCAUUUUAAGCUUGCCAUGAUCUUUAAGGCGAUGGUGCCAUGGAGCGUAACAUCCGUAGUUUUAAGACAGCUACUCCCUGAUGCAGCUCCUCAGCAUCAGUCAGAGCCAGUAGUACAAAUUAAAGAGAAGCAGGAGGAAGAAGAGAAGAUACAGUCAUCGGAGAGGCCAAAUAGUGCGAAAAUGGGCAGCCUCAGUACGUCUGUGAAGCUGAACCAGCGGCUGACAGCUGCCGGCAAAAAUCUGUAAUCUUAGCCUUUGUUACCUAUUUUAGUAUCUAAUAGAUGUUUUCUAUAAAACUUUUUAAAACAG